GCCCUCAGCGAGCCUCCGUCGAACCCCUCUUACUCCCCGCCUCUCUCAACUACGUCAUCAGACAACGACAUACCUACUCGCGGUCGCCUAGACGCCACCAGACCUAGACUCGGAAGCCGUAAAAGCAGCGGCACCAUGAUCAUCCCAAGAGACAGCCCGCGUGUCGAGAUGGCACCUGGCGAAGAAGAAUAUGAACCCGAUGAUGUCCGCAGCAUGAGCCCCAGACGCACGAGCGAGGUCAUUGAGAAACUGGGCGAGGAUGCCCGUCGGAAUCUCAUCGAGCAAGCACAAGCCCUUAGAGCAAGUCUUAUGGCAAUCGUCGACCGCGUCGAGGCUGUCAAAAUUGAGCACGAAAAGCUCGAAGGCGGCAAUAAGUUUCUCCAGUCCAAAAUCACAUCAGCAGCUCCAUCCAAGAAGGGCAAGAAUCGCAAUGUGAAAUAA